AUGUUUGUUGCUAACAUUCCUUCCGUGGAUUGCACGACGGCUGAGGGCCAAGACUUCGUCUAUCCUAAUCCUGGCCGGAGUGUUGCAAAUGGAGAAAAGGCAACGCCAGGCAACAAAAUGAGUGGCUCAGCAUGUGCAACCUCGAGCAAGCCUGGUGCUGGCGAGGGAACUCCCACGCAACCAGAGGCUCCGGCCCAGUCCUCAGCUGCCAGUGAACAACCCGGUGCUCAGCCGCCUGCCUACUCCCCUACCCCCAUUGAGUCUGCCGGUCCCAUCUACUCAGCUGCUCCCAUUGAGUCUGCAGCCCCUGUCUACUCUGCAGCCCCCAUCAAUCCUGCCGUCCCCGUCAAGUCUCCCUCUCCCAUCGGGCCAGAAGACUCAUCCAAGUCCGACGGCGUCUCUGGCCCAGGAGCACCCUCAUCUCCUGCUGCGCCGCCCAGCAGCCCUCCCACCUAUGGCAAUGUCCCCACAAACAGUACUCCCUCUAGCGAUGGUGAAUGCACUCCUUGCAGUAAUGAUGGGGCUGUCGUCUGCAUUGGCAACAGCCAGUUUGGCAUUUGCAACCGUGGCUGUGCCGUCGCCCAGGACCUCGCUGCUGGCAUGUCUUGCUCCGAUGGUGUCGUGGUCUCUUCGACCAAGCGCUCCGUUCGCUUCCCUCGCGCCCACCUCCACCGUCACCUUCACCGUCGACACGGCAUGUCAAGCCUGCUAUAA